AUGGCGCGCGACGCCGCGUCGACGUCGACGCCGUCGAUGGACGCGCGCGACGCCGCGUCGACGCGCGACGCGCGUGCGGCGAGCGACGAGGCGAAGCGCGCGCGACGCGACGGACGCGAGCGAUGGACGCUGUGGGGGGUGGACGGGCGCGGUGCUCCGGCGCGCGCGAUGGUGGUGGUCGUGGGUGGAUUGUUCGCGUGCGCGUGCGCGCUGGCGGCGGCGCGAAACGUCGGCGCGGACGCCGGAGGACGCGGCGUCAAGCGCGUGGGCGGAUCGCGCGCACGCGUGGGCGGUCGUGGGGUGGUGGUGGACGGCGCGCGCGUGCGCGCGAGAGGUGGUGACGCGACGUCGAGGUGGGCGGCGCUGGAGGUUCCGGAUCGGUGCGCGCGGAGCGAAUUCGCGCCGAGCGCGGUGAUACCGGGACUCGAGUUGCACGAGAUGGACGGUGCGCGGGCGUUUUAUCUGAGUAAGGAGAAGAAAACCACGGUGCAUGAGCGAACGAGCGCGGAAAAGCAGGAGGAGGAGGCGGUGAAGGAGGAAUUGAAGGAGGCGAAGAAAGCGAUGCGAAACGCCGAGAACACGCUCGAGGACGAAAUCGAGACAGAGCAGGCAGAGCUCAAGAUCAUGGAGGGGAAGUCGAAGUUGCCCAACGUGAAGGGUAAGGGAAGAAAACUUCUUGAAGACGACGACGACGACGACGACGACGACGACGACGACGACGAUGACGACGACGAACGCGCUGAUGGUAAAAAGGUGAGCAGCUCGGUCGUUUUGAAGGAUGGAAAGUAUGUGACGAGAUUUCGAUUUCAAAACCCUCUUUUUCUCGAAGGAAUGUCGAGAUUCAUGGAUCUGGGGAGCGAGACGACGGAGCGACGAUUGAUGUUUCACGCUGGGAACGUCACUGGGUACGACGCGAGGUGUCAGUUUAGGACGAUGCAGUGCGCGGACAUGGCGACGGAUUUACUCGCUCGCGCGCUCAAGAUGAACGCCGAGGCGGUGGUGAGUCCGGAGGCGAGCGCGGACAAGCUCAAGGAGUUGUCGAACAUCCUGAUCAAGUACUCCACCGAUCCGCGCACCAAGUACAACGCGACGGAACUUCCGUCUCUCGGCGGAAAGCCACAAGCGAUGGGUUCGUGCGCGUGGACGACGGAAGCUGAAUACAAUCCAACCACGGGCGUGCGAUACGAUCAUUCCAUCAGUCGCUUCGCCAAGGCGAUCGACGCACACGACACCGCGGUUUACUGCAACGUCAAGACGGAACGAAAGUACUGCAAGUUCACCCGGCUCGCGGACGGUCCGGAGAGCGCCAUCACGGUGGACCUGGACGAGCAAGCGUACGAAGCGGCCAGAAGUGUCGGACGGCUCAUCCACGACGCGCUGUCCGCCGAUCUUGAACUCGGCUCGAACGUCAAGGGUUGGGGCUAUCGUGGACAUCCGUCUGACGCAUUCGUGUCGCUUCUCAUGCUCCUUCGAUCGAACCGCUGCACGCGCGUCGACGUCUACGGUCAACCGGGCGUACCGCUCGACUGGUACCACAACGCCCGAGGAUACGCCCACAUGGUCGCCGUUCCGGGUACAACGAUAUCCGAUCUUCAACUAUCCCGCGUGCUCCUUCAGGAAAAAUUCUUUCACCGCGUCCUCAUGCACUACGGAAAAAUGUGCUUCUUCAAGUAA